AUGACAGGAAUCAGGUCAGCGUUCAUUACUGCAUUCCUGGCUGUUGGCCCAGUUAUCGCCUUUGGGGCAGCAAUCGCCAACCAAGAAAAUACCCCUGUUGUACCCGAAUGUGUCCAAGCAUGUUCCCAUUUAGCGAGUAUCUUCGGACCCGAUGCGUACUCCCUCGGUAAUGCCAAUGUUACUCUUUGGGAUACAAAGCAACAGGAAACACACUCCGCCUGUUGGGUCCAGCCCUCUUCAACAGAAGACGUGUCAGCCAUUCUGGAUGUUAUCAUCACCACCUCAUGCCGGUUCGCGGUCAAGGGUGGUGGUCAUGCACGAGACCCCGAUGAUUCUGUUUCACCUGGCGGCGUCACCAUUGACAUGCAAAAGAUGAGAUCAGUCGAGGUAUCCCCCGAUCAGAAAACCGCCAAAGUGGGGAGUGGCCACGUUCUAUUGAGCUUGUACCAGGGAUUAGAGAAGUACAAUUUGACCACGCUUGGCGGACGAGUCGCCGAUGUUGGUUUGGGAGGCUAUGCCCUCGGCGGAGGAUUUUCUCAUCUCUCGUCCAAGUACGGGCUCGCCAUGGAUAACAUCUUCGAGUAUGAGAUCGUUUUACCCAAUGCCACUAUUGCGAUUGUCAACCAAGAGACACACCCGGAUCUCUACUUUGCUCUCCGGGGAGGUAUGAACAAUUUCGGUAUCGUCACUCACUUUACGAUGAAGGCUGUCCGGCAGGGCCAGAUGUUCGGGGGGUCUAGAGCCUAUACAGCCGAUCAGAGAGACGCUAUUUUGGAGCAAGCCUACGAACUAACAACAAGUUGGAAGAACGAUACGAAUAUGGCGUUCUACUAUGACUAUGGCUAUGACCAGGAGAGAGACGACUUUACCAUUGCGGUUUCGCCGGAGUAUUCGCUGCCGGUUUUGAAUCCCGCGCCAUUCAAGCAACUCAAUCAAAUCCCGUUUGAGCGCAGUACUCUUCGCCUUGAUCGGACCAGCCAGUUUAGUAUUGAAGUCGCGUCGGCAACGCCGCCUGGUGGUCGAAACCUAUUCGCCACAGUUACCUACUCCCCAUCUGCGGAUCUUGACAGGCACAUUCAGGAUAUAAUGGCCCAAGAGAUCCAGCCUCUCAAGAAGGCGCCCGGUUUCUUCCCCAAUCUCGUUAUCCAGCCCUUGCAAGUACAAAACCGUGAUCCCAUGCUGUCGCUGCAAGGCAGACUCUAUGCUAAACAUUCUACAGUUGCUCUGUUGACUGUCCGAUGGCAACAAGCAGAAGAUGACGACCGGAUGAAUGCUUUCGCAGCAGAAUGGGUGAAGAGGGCCACUGCUGCCACCAAAGAUGCCGGAAAACAUAAUCCAUGGCUCUAUAUCAACUACGCGAGCAAGGGCCAAGACCCGUUUUUAGGCUAUGGCGAGGCAAACCGGCAGAGGCUGAGAAGAAUUCAGAGGGAGGUUGAUCCUCAGGGCGUAUUUACGUCGGAUGGGCUGUGUAGGGGGUAUUUCAAGUUGCAAUAA